AUGAGUUGGAAGAACGUAGAGCCAUCAUUCUCAGGAAGUAGUUUGAUUUUGACUGGCAUGAUUGAGAUUGGCGUUUGCGAUGGAGCAGUUAGGACCAAGAAGGGUAAGAACAAGGAAAUGUCGUAUGAAUAUGCGGUUGUUGCUAUGGGUGAAGAAGGUGACAUGGUUGUUGUAGCAGGGAAAGGCCAUGAAGUAUAUCAGCUUGAAGGUGAUAAGAAAGAGUUCUAUGAUGACCGAGAGGAAUGCCUGGAAGCAUUACAAUAUGUCGAUGAGCUUCACCAAGCUGGAAUAGACACAUGCGAGUUCCCAUGGCGGUUGCCAGAGAGUCAUUAA